GGUUUUCCACGCCACGACCCGGCCCAACGUGCCCUCACCGCUCUUCCCUCUCACAUAUUUUCAUGACUGAGUGAAUCAUGAGCAAAAAGAGGAAAACUCGAUUAGCCUCCGGCCAAGGUCAUGACGAGCCUUGCCAAGGGAGCUCUAGAUGCUCAGAGGAGCCUGUGGGAUUCCAUGGAUCUAUGCUAGGACGAGCCGGCACAUGACUCGGAUGGCGUCCUCGAAAACAGCGAGAGACAACGAAAAAUCAAUGCGGGAGACUCAUACGUUCGGCGCUCGCAGUUCGCGGGCUGACCCGAUAUGAGGGGAUAUUGCUCCAGGUUUCGACUCCGAUCAUCAUUCGCGAGAGACUUUCCCAAGGAGUGUACCAGGAUUUUUUUGCCCCGGAAAAUACGUACAUAGUUAUCGGAGUCACUUGCCAAAGAGAAAACAGCGCUGAGAUUGAGCUGACAGCUACACAAAUUGACCGUCGGAUCGCUCUCUCCCCAGAAAUGCGUUCUCUCACCCUCGUUUUCAUCGUGUCGUGGCGGUGCGACUGGCAGAGCCUCUCGAAGCUGCUCGUAAUUUUGACGUCCGGUCGUAAUCGCUCGAGCAACAAUGCCAAAACUGAUCCUUGGAUAUUGGAAGCUGAGAGGUUUAUUCGCUCCGAUCCAGUAUCUCCUCGAGGUGUCCGGACUCGAGUACGAGCUCGUUGCAUAUGAAUUCGACGGUGGUGCUUCGAGCCCGGAGUUCAGGAACCGGUGGUUCGAGGUGAAGAACACGCUCGGCUUCGAGUUCCCGAACCUACCCUAUCUCAUCGAUGGAGACUUCCGCUUGACUCAAUCAACAGCGAUCCUGAAGUACAUCGCCAGGAAGGCUGGACUCCUCGGUAUCGCCGCAGACGCUUCGCCUGAGGAACAUGCCAAGCUCGACAUGAUCGAGAAUCAAGUCGACGAUCUUCGGUGGUUCUACGUGCACUACGGCAUCGGGAGCAAAAUCAUCGACUUCAGGUUCCCGGAGGGUUAUCCCGCGUCAAUUCCUAGACAGCUGGAGAGCGUUGCCGCUUGGCUCAAGGACAAAUUCUUCCUCAUGGGUGAUAAUAUUUGCUACGUCGAUCUCAUCCUCUACGAGACCCUAGACGUGCAGAAAAUGAUCAACCCUGACUCCUUGGCAAAAUACCCGAACCUGGUCGCUUACGUGGAGAGGAUUGAGAAUCUGCCAGCGAUGAAGAAAUUCCUCGCGUCUCCCGAACGGAUCACGUGGCCAGUGCUCGGUCCAAUCGCGGACACUUGGGGAUUUAAGAAAGAUUGAAGCCGUUCAGCUCAAGGGAAUUCAGAAGAAUUGCUCAUUCAAUCGACAGAGUUUCCCACCGAGAACAAUGAAUAAAAAGAACUGCAUCCAAU